AUGUACAAACAAAACAAACAAUCCAAUACAUCUCUAAACUCAGAAGAAACCUCAGUUUUAAAGUUUUAUGGACUUGAUGUUUUGGAACCAACUGCAUGGGUGGAAGAGAAUGACAAUAGACGAUCAGUGCGUUAUUCUUUUGUAGAAGGAUCAACUUCACCUAUUGUUAAUGGAUCUGGUAGUGGUAAUGUAACAGAUGAUAGAUGGAGUUUUGAAGAUAUUGACCCCCUUAGUAUAAAGAAAAGUGUUUUGGGACAAAGUUCACCAGAUGAAAGUUUUAAAGAAAAAUCACAGUUACUUGUUGGUACAAAAUCAUUUAAUCCAAAAUAUUUUCUUCAUCAAGUACAUUAUGAUACAUCAUACAAUGAUCUUUGUGAAGGAGCUAAAAUUUUGAGAUAUACACUUGAUCAAAAGUCAGAAGCUCUUAGAAGUUUGGUUCAAGAUAAUUUUGAUAGAUUUGUUAGUGCUAAAAAUACAAUUGAUACUGUCUAUAAUGAAAUGAAAGCCAAUAGUUUGAACCCAGAGAAAGAUUAUGGUAUAAAAGGCUUGGAUAAUUCUUUAUCUGAGGCAUCUAAUAAGGCUGAGCAAGUGUUUGGUCCAGUAUUGGCUAACAGAAAUAAGGCUGAGAAAAUUCGUAGUACAUUAAGUGUAUUGGAAAAAUAUAAAUAUUUUUUCACUUUACCUAGUAGCCUUAUGGAAUUAAUUAGACAACAAAAAUAUGAUGUAGUUAUGAGAGAUUAUAAAAAAGGGAAAGUUAUAUUAGAAUCAACAAUGUCAUGUGAAGUUCCGGAUAAUAAUAGUGCAGGAAAACCUAUAACUGAAAAAGAAAGUAGUGAUGAUGCAGCUCUUUCUAACCAGUACAGGAAGGUAUUUGACAAAGUUUGGACUGAAGUUGAAAAAAUAAUGGAAGAAAUGAAAGCGCAAUUGUUUAAACAAUUGACAGAGCCAUGGAGGUCAAUGGAAGAUCAAGAAAAAACCAUCAAUAUUCUUCUUGAGCUUGAUACUGCUGAUGAUCCUGUUUGGCAUUAUCUUGAUAGCCAAUUUAAAUUUAUUAUUGAUUUACUUGAAGAGUCGUAUCAAGAACAGUUAGACAAAAUUGAAGCUUUAAAAGAUUUACUUCCAGAAAUGUCUGGCGAUUCCAAGGGAACUGCAUUACGCCUUAGAAAUGCAUUAAGAACUAUUAAUGUAAGAGAUUAUGAUUCAUUAACAGCAAGUAAAAAUAUGGAUGUACAGAUAUGGAAGUCAACAUUUGAACUUGUGAAAUCUUUGUCUGAUUUACUUUUAAGAUGUUUGCCUGAUUUUUGGAAGUUAAGCAAAUCAUUUAUGGAUGGGAAAUUUCAAAAGAGUCCUGCAGUUCUUAGUGCUAAUAGACGUCGACGUCAAGGAAUGGACCUUCGAAAAGUAGAACAAUGUCAAAAUAUGGCUAAAGGUGUUAUUGAUCUUUAUGCUUUACUGCUAUUUAGAUUUUUUUCAAUUGACCCUACGCAAACAUUUUCUGAAGAUAUAACAACCACUGCCGUUCCUACUACAUCACCACUAUUUGUUCCAUCAUAUUCAGAUUCAAUAACUACAUGUUACUUUCUAACAAGAAUCUUACAUGUGAUAAGUGAUUGUGUAAAUGACAUUAAUUCAAUUAAUAUGGCAUCGGAUGUUUCAGGAGCCUUGAUUACAUUAAUGAAACAAAUUAGAGGGAAGUUUACAGAAAUUAUAUGUAAUGUGUGGAAUUCUGAUUCAAAAUUAUUUCAUUUGCUUGAGGAUUGGUCUCUUGAUUCAGAGAAUCGGGAAAUUACCAAUUAUUUACGUAAUUUUCAGAUAUUUCACAAAUUUAAUUCAAGUAGUGCUUACAAAAUUGUAUGCCCGGAACACGUUUCUGAUAAAGAUGAUGCCAGUGGAAAAUCAUAUAAUAUAGAUAGAAGUUAUACGGAUAAAAUCAAAUCAACGUUUGUUUCGUCACUAUUUGAAUAUUUGGAUGGAUUGGUUCAUCUUGCAUUUACAGAAUAUAAUCCGAUUGAUCCACUAGAAAAAGAAUCCACAGAUAUUAUUCAUAAAUCAAGAAUAGAUCCCUCUCAAAUUGAAUCAAGAAUCUUGCUUACAAUCAGCAAUCUUUCUAAUUUAAAACAAGUAGUAAUACCUCAUUUAAUUUCACAAUUUGAAUCGGAAUAUAAAGCAGAUAUGAAACAAGAUGCAUCAUCAGUAAAUGACCUUAUAGUAGAAUUGGAUGGUGUUUUAUUUGAAGACUAUAUAAAAUCUAAAAAAGAAGUUAUUUCUAAAAUAGUUAAAGAAGGCAUUCUAAUGGGAAAUAUUGAUUGGUAUAAUAUGUCUAAACCUAUAGAGGUGAAUCCAUAUGUUUAUAAGGCCUUAUUAUCGCUUGUAAUGGUUCAUUCGCAAGUUAGUGAUAUUGCUAAACAACUUGUUGAUCGUACAUUGUCAGCUUUAUUGGAAAGUAUGUCACAAUAUUGUCUUGAAUCUUUUCGACAAGUUAAUAAAUUCGGCAUGGGUGGAUUAUUACAGGCAACAUUAGAAGUUGAAUUUAUGCAUCAAUCUUUAUCGCAAUACAUUACACCAAAAGCACAAGAGAUAUUUAAAGAAAUAUAUGAAACUAUUGAACGAUUAUAUGAUAGUGAUCAUGUAUCAGGAAGUUUGGAUACAGAAUUAGCUGGUGUUAAACAAUUAUUGAUUGAGGGACGUAAAAAUACAACAUGGCAAUCUUCAAUGAUCAGCAAAAAAAAAGGUCUCGUACAACAGAGAUCCGAAAAACUAAAUGGUGUGACUAUUUUGGAACAAAGUAAUGGCAAUAUUGCAGGUUCCUCAACCAGUAAAAAUAUAGAUUCUCCUAUUGAAGAUAAAAAUACAGGUGAUGAUAAUGCAAUAGGCAUUUUUAAAAAAGAUACUUUUACAGCUCCUUCAAUCAAUAACAAUAAAGAUUCUUCUAUUUAUGAUAAAAAUGAUGAUGACCUAGCACGUACUUCUAAUGAAGAUGACAAUAUUGUCGUUAUGAAUACGCAAGAAUCGGCAAGAAGAGUGAUUCUUGAAAUUGUAAUCUAUAGUGAGUCUCCUAUUAUACUUGACCAUUCUCAUCUAAAACCUGGUCAUAGAGCCUCCCUACUUUCACACAUUCAAACUUUAGAACUAUAUCGUCAAAAUGCUAAAAAAACAAAUGACCCUGAACUUCAGUUUGAAUUUGCUGCUUUUAUUAUUGAAGCUUCGAGAGUUAUGAAUGAAGACCCUAAAAAAAGAGAAGAAUUGUGUAAAGAAGGAAUGUUUCUACUAAAAAAACUUUCGGACAGAGGUCAUGCAAACUCUCAAUAUUAUCUUGCUGAUUGUUAUGCAAGCGCGAUUGGUACACCAACCAAUGAGCCUGACUUUGACAAAGCUUUUCCCUUGUUUGUUCAAGCUUCUAAACACAAUCACCCUGAGGCUGCUUAUCGUGCAGGUAUAUGUUAUGAAAAUGGGUGGGGUUGUCGUAAAGAUGAUGCUAAAGCUCUAAAAUUUUUAAAGAAAUCAAUACCAGCAAACCAUCCUGGUGCUUUGUAUCGUUUAGGCAUUGCCGAAUUGAGGGGUGAGCUUGGUUCAUCAAAAAAUCCUAGAGAUGGUGUAAAAUGGCUUAAAAGAUCAGCUGAAGCAGCAAACGAAGAAUUUCCACAUGCCUUACAUGAAUUGUCUGAACUACAUGAGAGGGGUGUUGAGAACGUUGUAUUUGUGGAUAUAGAAUACUCUAUUCAACUGUUAAUACAGGCUGCAGAUUUAGGUUACGCUCCAUCUGCAUUUAAAUUGGGCGAAUGUUACGAGUAUGGAAAAAGAGGUUAUCAGCAAGAUCCCGCUCUCUCAAUUCACUACUACACAAUUGCUGCUCAACAAGAUCAUUGUGAAGCUUGUUUUGCGUUAACAGCUUGGUAUCUUGUUGGGAGCCCUGGGGUGUUGCCACAAAGUGACAGAGAAGCAUAUUUAUGGGCUAGACGUGCUGCUGAUAAAGGAUUGGCGAAAGCUGAAUAUGCCGUAGGUUAUUUCACUGAAUUUGGUAUUGGGGUUAAACAAAAUCAAUUGGAAGCUGCUGUUUGGUAUCGUCGUGCUGCUCAACAUGGUGAUAAAAGAGCUCAGGAAAAAUCAAAGGAUGUGCUGAUUAAUAUAAAGAAAAAGAAAAAAACCGAUUGUGUGAUUUCUUAA